AUGCGUCUGCAAACCGUCGCGGAUGAAAUCCGCUGCAAAACCUUCCCCAUGUUUCUGAAGGAAAAGGUUCGGCUCUGGUUCCAGGGUCUGGCACCGGGGUCCAUACGAAAUUUCCCCGAACUGGUCAGGCAGUUCGUCGCCCAAUUCGUCUCUUCAAAGACUUAUUCGAAAAACGCGAUCCACCUGAUGGCGAUCAGGCAGAAGUCGGACGAGUCACUGAGGAAUUUCAUGACCCGUUUCAACACGAAGAGCCUGCAGAUCAGGGACAAGGAUGAAAAGGUGGUCAUGGCCGCCUUCACGAAUGGGUUCAGGGCAGAGGAGCUCUUCUACAAACUAACCGAGAAGCCUCCCGGAGACCUGGAGGAGUUCUUGACUAGGUCGCACGCGGCCGCUAAUGCAGAGGAGGCGGCUCGCCUGAAGAGAGAGUCAGAUCGGGAGCUCGGAGAUCGGAGAGAACGGGGAAACAGCCCCGAGAACAAGGAUGGUCCGGCCAAGAAGAACGUUUUUGACCAACUCUCGAAGGAGAAAACCCCCGCUCCGCCACUGCUUCCGGAGAAAGGCUACACCCCCUGA